CAGGCGCCGCGGCUGAGGCGGGCGGAGCGGGAGCGGUUCCCGCCCCGGUACCGGUGACACAUGGGGACCCUGCGGCUGCUCGUCCCGCCCUGCCGCUGGGCCCGCUCCGCGCUCCGGCGGUGGGCAGCCCCCACGCAGCCCCCGCUGCCUCCCCGGUGUGCGCUGCCGGGCUGGAGGCCGCUCAGCUUCUCACAGGCGGCCGGUGGCGGCCUGAGGGAGAUCGAGGGCAGCGGCUGCGCCGAAGCUGUUGGUGAGGAGGAGGAUGACGACGAUGAAGAUGUGGAGUUCGGGACGCUGUCAAAUAGGUUUUCUUCUAGGAAAUAUUAUCAUAAAACCACGUCACGGUUUAAGGAUUUGAAGCUUCAAGAUGAGGGGGAGGAUGAACCAGAAAGAAAACCCCGGUGGGGACCCAAGAACAGCCCGUACUGGUACUUCUUGCAAUGCAAAGCCCUCAUCAAGGAUGACAAGCUAGCAGAGGCUCUGGAGCUGUUUGAGGUGCAGAUGCUGAAGGAAGAGCGUGUACAGCCGACAGAAAGUAAUUACACGGUUCUAAUUGGUGGCUGUGGCAGGGUUGGCUACGUGAAAAAGGCAUUCAGGCUCUACAAUGAUAUGAAAAAACGAGGCUUGACUCCCAGCGAGGCCACUUACACAGCCCUGUUCAACGCCUGCGCCGAAUCCCCGUGGAAGGACUCGGGGCUGCAGAGCGCUCUGCAGUUACGGCAGCAGCUCCAGAGCAAAAACGAGCAGCUGAACCUGAUCACGUACCACGCGCUGCUGAAGGUCUGUGCCCUCUGCUCCGACCUCAGGAUGUGCUUGGAUGUACUAAAGGAAAUUGUGCAUAAGGGUCACAUUCCCACAGCCAAGACUUUCAGCUUCCUUCUCAUGAGCUGCAUCAAGGACAGUGAAAGUGGCUUCCGUUACGCCUUACAGGUUUGGAGACAAAUGACUAAGUUUGGAAUCAAGGCUGACAGCCACACGUACAAUUUGAUGCUUCGUGCUGCAAGAGACUGUGGAAUAGGGGAUCCGGUCGUGGCUUCCGAACUCCUGCUCAGACCCACCUGUGAGAACUCGCCUCAGCUACGGCUCGCAGCCAGGAGGCAGAAGGAAAAGGUGAAAAGUCAGAGGAAGAAGGGAUCAGAGAGCACAGCUGCUGUCCAGCUGGAUGUGGAAGCUAUGGAAAAGCAAAUAUUUUGGGAGAGUUCAGUGCAGCCUAAUGAACUGAUCCAGCAACAAAAUAAAGACGGGAAUUGGGCUGAAACAGAACCAGCGGCUCUCGACGGCCCUGGCGGAGCUCCCAGCAGAACCGGAGCGCUGAUGAGGAGAGAGCAGAACAGGAUGGAGCAGGAACAAAUGCACCUACAGCAAAAGCUGCAUUUCUGCAACCUGCCCAACUUGCUGGAUUCCCAGAUGCACAACGCAGCCAUGGUUUCCUUGGGGACAGUGGCCACACCGUCCCAUCGCCUGGCUCUGAUGGGGGAUGUGGAGGGCUUCUUGAGUAAAAUGGAAGAGGACAACGCGGAACCUAACAUUAAAACGUUUACAUUACUGGCUGAGCUGGUGGAACCCCAGAGCCCCUCGGAGUCCUCAUUGCUGGCACUCCUAGAUAAGCAUAAAGUGAAAGUAGACGUGACUUUCUUUAACACUUUAAUAAGGAAGAAAAGUAAACAGGGAGACCUAGAAGGAGCAAAGAGCGUGCUGCCAGCUCUGGUGAAGAGGGGACUGUCACCAAACCUCCAGACGUUUUGUAACUUGGCAAUUGCUUGCCACCAAGAGAAGGAUGGGCUGCAGUUACUGUCAGAUUUAAAGAGGUCUGGAGUCACUCCCAACAAGUACAUCUACAGCACCCUGAUCGCUGGUGCCGUGAGGCAGCUGGAUUACCGGUACCUCACAGAGAUCCUGCGGGACAUGAGGAACAACCAGGUGCCUCCCAAUGAAGUUAUCAUCCGCCAGCUGGAGUUCGCGGCGCAGUACCCUCCAAAAUUUGACAGGUAUAAGUCGAAGAACACAUACCUGGAGAAAAUUGAUGGUUUCCGUGGCUACUACUAUCGGUGGUUAAAGGUAAUGGCAGGAGAGGAGACGCCCCACCCCUGGGCAAAAUACAGAACAGCAAAACCUGCAGAUGACAAAAAUGAAGAGGAUGUGCAGGAGCAGCCAGGGCACAAGUAGCAGCGAGCAGGACGCUGAACUCCCACAUCUUCCUUGGGCUGGAAGAACUUGGAAUUAUCUUUCUUGAACUGUCUUGUUGUAGAGCUGCUUUGUAUUUUCAUGAGCUCAAGUUCUGUUGGUGACUACAUAAUAAAAGACUUGUCCUAUGUUUGAAGGAGAAGCAAA